AUGUUACCACCAAUUCUUAUAAUUUCAAAAGCUAUUGUAGCUAUUGAAGUUGUUUUUGGAGUUACUGGAAAGAUUACAGCUGUUAAUAUCAUUAACUGGAUCAAAAGGAAAAAAAAAUCUUCUGCUAAUAUGAUCCUGAUCUUUCUGAGCACAUCAAGAUUUAUCGUGCAGGUGGCUAUAUUGAGGCACAUUCAUUGUCUCUACUUUGCGGAUGACUUUAAGUUGACUUCCGUGUACAAAGUUUUUGGUGCUGUAAACCAUGCCAGUUUGUGGUUCAGUACCUGGCCCUAUGUACUCUACUGUGUAAAAAUAAUCAAUGUCAGCCAAUGGCUGUUGCUGCAAGUCAAGCUCAGAAUAACUGGGAUGGUCCCAUGGCUGCUUCUAGGAUCCCUGGUGAUCUCUUCUGUGACUUCUCUUCCUUUUCUAUGGAUUACAUUCAGCACUUACCUCUGCAGCUCAACAGGGAACUGUGGAGGAAAUAACACAGCGCAUAUCACUGACUGGGACAGUUCACAUCUCUACCUGCUGCUUCUUUACUUUGUAGGUUGGUUUUUUCCUCUAGUACUAUCUGUGGUACCCUCAGUCCUAUUAAUUACUUCUUUAUGGAAACACUCGAAGAAGAUGCAAUGUUAUGUAGAUACUUUCAGUAAUCCACUGGUUCACCUAACUCUCAUUAAAUCCAUUAUUCCUUUCUUGAUCCUGUAUCUUUCCAGUUUUGUAGAAGAUGGAAGAUAUGACUCUAUGCCUCAUAUUCUAACUGAAGAGAAACACUCUCGAGUAACAGACCUUGAAUUCAGACUUUUAUGCAUUUAUUGUUUCAUUGUCUUUCUUCUUAACCAGUAA